CCAGAGUCAGCAUAGAUCAUUGCCACAAAAUAAAUUUCGUAAAAAAUCCGUUUCGGCCGUUUAAUAGCAGCUUAUUCCCCCAAUCCACCUUCCAUUUUAUUUAUAAUCCACUGAAAUGGGUAGAUUGCAAGACAAGCAGUUUACAGCUGCAAAACGGAAACCGAAUGAAAGAGGAAAGAACUCUGACAUUUCAGCAAACGAUUGGAAAAAACUAGAGACUAUAUUUUGUCCACCCCUUGACGCCUCUCUUAUUGCCGCCAUAUGGAACGAUACCAAAAACUAUGCAUCCAGUUUUGAAAUAUUAUCCAUGCUCGCAAAAGACGCUCCAGCGGUAGAAGACGACAUUGCAGAAUCACAGCCUACUACUACGAAGUCGCUGGAUAUACCCGAAUAUGUGCCUGCAAAUGACGACAACUCUACUUCCAUACCGCAGCCUAGCGAGGCAGAAGAUGAACUACCUAAAAUAGAUUUUCUCAUGAGGUGUUUCCCAGACAUACCACAGGAGGAAUUGGAGAUAGCUCUACAAGAACAAGAUGGAGACUUGCAAUCCGCUACCGAUAUUAUACUCAAUGAUAUGUUUUUGAAGGAGGAGGAGGUAUCAAGUGACGAAGUUGAUACUAAGGCAGAUAAUGUAUCAGGCCGAUUUUUGAGAAAAAUAUUGAACAUCCACGACCAAGGUGAAGUUGUUCAAAUGGCGGUCGAUUUGAUUCUGAGUCGAGAACGCGAUCGUGAGAAGGAGCAGAUCAUGAUUGAAGAGCGACUGCAGGAACUUGCAUUAUAUGACAAGAAGGAGAUCAAAUUCGAUCCACUUACAGGGGAAAUUGUGUCGGAAGCGUUCCCAAUGUUAGCCAAUGACCGUGUUGAAGCGAAGUUGAGAGCAGCAGAAGCUGCAAAGGAGAUCCGAGCCAUUCCAGAAUACCUGUUAAUCGACAAUACAGAGGAGUAUAUUGAGGACGAUCCGGAGGAAUGUCGAGAUAUCGCAUUCAGUCUUGUUCUUCAACGUAACGAGGUUUACCGGAAAGCUGCUGAUGCUUAUCGGCGAGCUAAAGGAAAGACAAACGGCGAAGGCGGUAUCGCUUAUUAUUAUUCAGACGAAGGUCGCAAAAUGGACGUGGCGGCAAAGGAAUGGAAUAUGAGAGCAGCCAGAGCCAUUAUCCGCCAACAUAGAAUUAGGCAAAAUGAUGACCAUUUGUUGGAUCUCCAUGGUCUGACAGUUGCUGAGGCCGUUGAACUCGUCAAAGAGGGAGUCAAUCAAUGGUGGUCUAGGAGUACCAUGCGAGCAGGAAGAACCAAAAUCAAGCCAUUAAGUAUUGUCACUGGUAUUGGCAAGCAUUCUGACCACGGACAGUCUCGACUAUAUCCGGCUGUCAUGGGCUUGUUGACCCGGGAAGGAUGGAAAGUCGAUACAAUGAGCCGAGGUUCAUUGCUUGUCACAGGACUUGCGAGUGGCAAUAAGAGGAAGUAGUUUUGCAUAUCCUUGAUAAAUUUAUAUAGUGUACUUUAUAGAGGAAUUGGUCAUUUAGUUAACCAUUUCCAUACAACGCUUUGUUUUAUUAUUAUAUUAACAAACUCAAUCGUGAAUCACUUCUGCAUACAUCUACAAUUCUUAUAGAUGAAAAUAUUAGAAUACCUUUACUACAUUUUUUUAGUUGUAUCGGUGUUAGCAAUCAUAUUUGUCGAUAUCCGCUCACUAUUUUUCCCAAUAUGAAAAAAUAACAAACUUU